AACCGUUCAUUGUUCCGAAUGAACUCCGAUUAUUUUGUUCCACAGGAUCAUUUCACGAAUGUUCGGAAGAUGGCAAUAAAUAUGAAAUAUAUAGAUCCAACAUACAUGAUUCGAGCAAUUCCUAGUAAUGCAUCAGACAACAUCUACUGCACACUUCUUGCUCACAGUGCCAUCCAUGGAGCUAUGGCAGGGUACACUGGAUUCACCGUUGGGCCUGUAAACAACAGACAUGCCUAUAUUCCAAUAAGCCGAGUUACAGAGACCACAAACAUUGUGAAAUUGACAGACAGAAUGUGGGCUCGACUUCUUGCAUCCACGAAUCAACCUAGUUUCCUCGGGUGUGAGGUUGUGCAGGAAAGGUUUGCCAAUACGAUUGAUGAUGACUUUCAUAAUUUAAAGAUCACUUCGAUAUAAAAAUGUGAUAUCGACUAAUGAGAGUAGAGAUGAGUUUUAGUAAAUGGUUUAGUCUCUGCCAUGGAGAAUUCAUUUUGAUUUAUUGGCAUAUCUUGCUAUA